AUGUGGCUUGCUGUUCUGUUUGGCACUUUCUUAACGUGGAUUUUCUGUUUUAUUUGGACGAACACAAGAGACGAUUGGAUAUCAAGGAAGGAGAUGAAGGAAGAAAGCGAAAUCUCCGCCGCGGAUAAGGCUCUUCAAGCAGUUGCAAACAUGGUGGAGAACGCGCUCGAAUGGACGAUUCAAGGAGUCGGAAACAUUUCGGCAAUCGAUAGUAUCGAUUCUGCCGAGAGAGCCUCUUGUGGAUGCUUGUCGAAAAGCAAAGCGAAGCUACCAUACGAUGUAGACAAAGUUAGAAGACUGGCUUACGUCAUUAAUAUCGAUCAUGGUCUUCGACAAGUCCAGAGAAAGGUGGUAACGCUUGAUGUGGUCAACUUCAACUUGGCUCAUAAUUAUGUGCUAUACGACGAUUGGAUUGGAGAUUUAGUGAACAUAACAAAUGAUAUCACGAUGAUUUAUAAUGGCCAUCGGUUGACGGCUUGUGACAACGGAUCCCUCGCUUUGAUCAAAAAAGAUCGAUCUGAUGAGCAGAAGAGCUGUAUUCCUGGUGAAGUUGUACAGAUGUUGGUCUCAGAUGUCUUAUCAUCACACGUUAAAUGGGAAAAAGAGAUGCCUUUCAAACUGAGAAGACUUUCCCGCAACAAAAGCGCUUUUUAUGGAGGUGACUCGAUUACGUGCCUGGUUGAAAAGCCAGUGACUGUGGAAGUCAGGUGGCUGAUGUCUCCAUCUUCAGUAGAGCAUCCUCCAAAGAACAUUGAAAAAUCUGAUUUCAACAAGUUUACAAAGGUUGAUCUUUCUGCCAACCUACGCAUAGCGGCGGAUGAUCGCGUGCGCGUAAAGACAACUGAUGAGGACGAGGCAAUUACUCUUACCGAAUAUAACAAGUACCUUGACGAUCAGUAUGGCAACAAAUUCGAGCAAAAAGUGAAACCUGGUAAUGCUUCUGUCGCUCUUAAAUCUUCAACCAGUUCAAUUGUUAAAGCGUUCAUAAAGCAGCCUCACCGCCAGGAGAUGAAGGUGCGCCACCAGAAAAGAAUGCAAAAGUUGGAUGCGCUGAAAUCCUUACUU